UCAUAAUUAUCAAUUACAGUUUACAGUAAACUUGAUUCUUUUCCUAGUUUUUUCUUCCCUCUUUUUUUUUCAGCCUCUCUUAUCCUGGUAGCUGCUACUUGCAACAACAACCACAACACUAUCACACUCUUCUGAUAAAUGUUGCUCUAUACCUUCUGAUCUCUUGUUUUUUUGUUGUCCAAUAUUAUCAGUUGAUUAUAGUUACUGUUUAUCUAACCACUGGUCUUCCGAACAUUAUUUAAUAGUCUUUAUUACUCUGUGAUGAAAUUAAACCUCUGUUCUGUUACUGAAUUGUUCCUGUCAACCAAUUCACACCAUAAAGAUAUUUAAGCUUUCCAUAAAAGCUAAAUUUCUAUUUUCUAUUGUUUCAAUCAACUUGCCAUAAAAAUGUACAUGUCUUUAACCUCUUUGGUUUUUAUUAUUCAGUGCUUCCUCAUUUGUUCUGCUGAACACAUUAUUCACACUCCAAGAUAUUCCGAUUUUGGUACCUGGGGCAAUUGGGAGUAUUGUCCAUCUGGUCAAUUUGUCAAUGGAUUCCAACUACAGGUUGAAGCACCGAGAGGUGAAUUUGGUGAUGAUACUGCAUUAAACUCAAUUCGAUUCUUUUGUGGUCCUGUUGGUGGAUUUUUUAAUCAUAGCAAUUUUAUUACUAGUCGUCAAGGAUAUUGGGGAUCUUGGGGCCAGGUUUAUGCCUGUGUUGAUAACUCAACAGCCAUUGGUAUUCAACUGAGAGUGGAAAAGAGUCAAGGAAUUUUGGAUGAUACUGGUGCCAAUAAUCUUCGUAUGGUUUGCUCUGAUAGAUUGGUUCAUGAGGGAGAUGGUACUAUUUGGGGUAAAUGGCUGACAAAAUCAUUAUGCCCAAGGCGAACAGCAUUAUGUGGAUUGAGAACUCUUGUUGAAAGCUGGGAUAGAAGCGAUGUUCUUGAUAAUGAUGAUACAGCUUUAAAUAACGCUGAUAUAGCCUGUUGUGAUGUUCCUAGUCCAGCAAAGAGUUGCACUCCUAAAGAAAGAUGGGAAUUUGUUGCUCAUUGUGAUAACACAGUUGGAACUGAGACUAAAGAAUGUGAAUUUGAAAGUAAAGACGAUACUCCCAACUAUUGGACUGAUGUCACCAGAAUCUCAAAAACAUACAAAGAUCUUGGAAUGAGAAUAGAAGAUGACUAUGUUGACCUGAUCAAAACAUUCCAUGAAAAGCUCGGUAAAAGUAAGCGAACUGGUUUCGAUUGGAAGGCUUUUGGAGGAUCAUUAAUGAGCAAAAAAGCUCAUCUCAAGCUCAAAGCCCCACCUGGAGAAAAACAAUACCUUUAUCGUCUUCUUGCUAAAUGUGGCAUUUAUCACAUUAACUCUGAAUAUUUCAAGAUAUUUGACGAAGAACUUGAUCCAAGUUUGACAUCAUUUGAUUACUAGAGUCUUACCACAAUGCAUUUUCAUUUUGCUGUAAAUCCAUAAACUUCAUCUUCCUUUAAUUUUCUUGUUAACCUCUCAUCGCCGAACCAAAUCAUCGAAAUUCUUUUCGCUUUGUCUCAACGUUGAAAAAUACCAAACCUCAGCAUAUUGUAAGCCCCUCAUAUUGCUAUUUAAGAAAGCUUUAUUAUUAUACUAUCCUGUAAACUGUGCCACCUUCUGAGGAAGGAAUGGAAUUGAAUUCCUGAAAUUCAGAUAGAGAGCGACCUUCAUGACUAUUUGGAAAUUGAUUAAAAACAUUUUGAUGCUAA